AUGAAUCCCGCCGAAAGCGUUCAUUUGACAGUACCCGCGCGCAACCGGUGUGUGCUAGACGUGGACCACAUGCCUCCCUCCGCGAAUAACGUUUACGCGAACGAGCAAGGUGCAACGCCGUUUUGGCGUUUAACCAUAAAGCUGCCUAACUUUGUCACGGCUGUAAGGAUGGUGAAUCGGUGCGAGAGGCGGGCGGUUGCGUGCGUACUGCUCGCAGUGACCGCCGUCGUAGCCGCCGCCUCCUACGAUCGGGAGCGACUUGAGAUUGCUAAGCAAAUACUGGAGGAAGUGCCACUUACCGACGGCCAUAACGACCUGCCCUGGAACAUUCGCAAGUUUCUACGCAAUCAGAUCAACGAAUUCGAACUCGACACCGACCUGACUAUUGUUGAGCCUUGGUCCAUUUCCAAAUACUCCCAUACUGACCUGCCCCGCUUGAGGAACGGAAUGGUUGGAGCCCAAUUUUGGUCCGCAUUCGUCCCGUGCUCCUCUCAAAACAAAGACGCUGUUCAACUGACGCUCGAACAGAUUGACGUUAUCAAGCGUCUGGUGGAGAAGUACCCGCGUCAACUACAAUUGGCGAAAUCGGUGACAGAUAUACUGCAAGCUCAUAGCGCGAGACCCCGUAAGAUUGCUUCGCUCAUUGGCAUCGAAGGAGGCCACUCGAUUGCCAACUCACUAGGCGUUCUGCGCAGCUACCAUCAACUUGGUGUUCGAUACAUGACACUCACGCACACAUGCAACACCCCCUGGGCUGAUUCGUCAAACGAAGCACCAGUCGUCAAUGGACUCACCGAGUUUGGAGAGAAAGUCGUAAAAGAGAUGAAUAGACUUGGCAUGCUAGUCGAUCUAUCGCAUGUUGGAGAGAAUACAACACGGGCUGCUAUUCGUGUUUCAAAGGCACCGGUUAUCUUUAGCCAUUCCUCUGUCUACAGCCUUUGUGCUCACAAACGCAACGUACCUGACGAUAUCAUACAAUCUCUGAAAGCAAAUGGCGGAAUCAUAAUGGUUAAUUUCUUUCCUGACUUCGUGAAGUGCGCUCCGAACGCUACACUGUCCGAUGUGGCUGAGCAUUUCCACUACAUUAAGAAAUUGGUCGGAGCUGACUUUGUUGGUAUUGGUGGAGACUUUGAUGGCGUCAAUCGUGUUCCACGAGGAUUGGAGGAUGUGUCCAAAUACCCGGAGCUGUUUGCUGAACUACUCCGCAGUGGCCAAUGGAGUGUACAGGAGCUGAAGAAUCUUGCGGGUCUUAACAUGCUGCGGGUUAUGAGACAGGUGGAGAAGGUGCGAGAUGAAAUGCGCACCAAUGGUGUCGAACCGGAAGAACACCCUGACUCACCUAAUGACAACGGAAAUUGCACCAGCAAUGCUUUCUACAACGAACAUGUC